AUGCAGUUUCUUACCUCAGUAAGUCCACAGUCAUUCUCCACUCCAAGCUGGAAGAUUGAGGCCAAGUAUUCAACCAGGGUGCUCACUGGAAACUGGUUGGAGGAGAGGAGGAAGUUCACCAAAGCCACUGAGAAAACACCCCAGACCAUUUAUAGAAAAGAGUAUACCCCCUUCCCAGGCCACAGACCGGACCAGAUCUCCAGGUGGUACAGCAAGAGGAGAGUUGAGGGGCUCCCGUACAAACACCUGAUCACCCAUCACCAGGAGCCCUCGUGCCGCCAUCUGAUCAGCACGUACGACGACCAUUACAACCGGCAUAACUAUAACCCCGGCUUGCCCCAGCUCCGCACGUGGGAUAGACAUAAGUUGCUGUGGAUCCCAGAGAAAGCUGACUUCCCCCUUCUCGCUCCCCCUACAAACUACGGACUCUAUGAGCAGUUGAAGCAGAGAUGGCUCCCAUCACCCGAGGCCACCUGGAGGGAGAGUGUUUACACUUCUUCCUGCCCCAGACCACCUUCUGGUGCUGUGUCUCAGCGGGAGCAUGCGAUUCCGGGGCCUCCCCCUCGCCUGCAGCCUGUCCCACACUCCUGA